UAGGUUCAUUCUAAGAGUUGAACUCGGGACCUCUUGCACCCUAUAAAUCAUACCACUAGACCAAAUGCCCAUACUGGUGUGUGACAGUGUAAUUUUGAAGCGCAGCAAUGGCUAGAGCAGCUCUCCUUUACUUGCUGCGGUCACAGAGUCGCCGCCACGUGUUCACAAACACCCCUUCAGCAUAUCAUUGUUUUAGGUCCUCGACCUGUGGACGGCCCAAUAACACCAAUCAUUCAUUUAGAACUCCCUCCCAUCUUACUGUUUUCCAAAGAUGGGCAUCACAAGCCCCAACCACUGAGGAAGACAACAAGAUUAGCAUCGGACCUCAUAGUGGAGGACAAUCAAGCGAAGGUGACAAGGAAACAGGAGUUGUUUACUAUGGCCCGAUCUCAAAUACCAUAAAGAAAGUAAAACUUUUGUCUCUCUCAACAUGCUGUCUCUCCGUGUCGCUCGGUCCAGUCAUAACUUUCAUGACAUCCCCUGAUAUGAAUGUCAUUCUGAAAGGUGCAGUAGCAUCAACUGUGAUAUUCUUGAGUGCUUCUACAACUGGCGCCCUUCACUGGUUCGUUAGCCCGUACAUUCACAAACUCAGGUGGCAGCCAGGUUCGGACAGCUUCGAGGUGGAGAUGUUGUCCUGGCUGGCAACUUACAUUCCAAAGACUAUCAAAUUUUCUGAUAUUCGACCACCAGAAACCAAUAGGCCUUUUGUGACAUUUAAGGCCAAUGGAAAGUUUUACUUUGUGGACACCGAGCACUGCCACAAUAAGGCACUUCUGGCUAGACUCACCCCACAAAAGGCGAGUCAUGAGUCUGCUUUCAAAAACUUGUGAUUUGAAACAUGCUGUUGUGAGCUCUCAGCUAUUUUACUGUUAGCAUUGCAUUAGAAGAGUAAGCUAUAGCACUGCGUUAAUUUCAGUUUGGCUGGAAUUUGUUUCACUCUUCAAAUUUUAUAUCUUGUUCUGAUAUCAUAAACUGUUAGGUCUGCUUCAUAAAUUUGUAGCAGUGCUAUUUUGCAAACAUUAUAUAUAUGGCGAGUAUUUUAUACAAAUUAGGGA